ACUCCAGAAGAUGGCAGUAGUGAAACAUAAAGGAUGUAAUCUGCCGUCAAAACCCAAAGAAAGAUAAUAAAAGAAGAACGAGGGCAAUUUACAAAACGCGUUUUACUUUUUUAUCCGUAACUACGGAAGGCUUGAAGGGACAAAUGCAUGCUAGCUGAGUAGGAAGGCUCGGCUAACCAUAGUUGACUAAUCAUGGCAGCCCACCUGAAAAAGCGAGUUUAUGAGGAAUUUUCCAAAGUCGUACAGAUUCCCCAGGAGGAAGCUCCGGCCAAGAAGCUGCGACUAUCCAAACCCAGUAAGUCUGCGGCGCUGCACAUCGACCUCUGUAAGGCCACCAACUCCACCGAUGCCCUGCAGUACCUGCUGCAGUUCGCACGCAAGCCCGUGGAGGUGGAGAGCGUGGAGGGGGUGGUCCGGAUCCUGUUGGAGCACUACUACAAGGAGACGGAUAACUCUGUGAGGCUGAAGAUUGCCUCUCUGCUGGGUCUGCUGUCCAAAACGCAGGGCUUCAGCCCCGACUGCAUCGUGGACGACGCCAUCAACAUACUCAACAACGAGAAGUCCCAUCAGGUCCUCGCCCAGCUGCUGGACACUCUGCUGGUCAUUGGUAUACAACUACCUGAGAGUCCUACAGUCAGACAGAGGCUCAUAGAGAUGGCCUGCAAGCACCUGUCUGAUACGUAUUUCGGGGUGAGAAACAAGUGUCUGAGGCUCCUCGGAUGUCUCGGCAUGGCCGACACCCCUCUGACCAAAGACAACGACGUACUGGGCGCGUCAUUAGGAGGAGUGAGGGACAUCCAGAGUAUCAUCAGUGACUUCUUUGGAGACCAGGACCCCAGAGUCCGCACCGCAGCCAUCAAAGCCAUGCUGCAGCUGCACGAGAGAAGAAUAAAGAUUCAUGAGAUCAUUUAUGACCAGGCCUGCAGGUUGCUGUCAGAUGAUUAUGAGCAGGUCCGCUCUGCAGCGGUGCAGAUGGUGUGGGUGCUCAGUCAGCUGUACCCAGAAAGCAUUGUGCCCAUCCCAUCGUCCAAUGAAGAGAUCCGACUUGUUGAUGAUGCAUUUGGGAAGAUCAGUCACAUGGUCAGCGAUGGCUCCUGGAUGGUCCGGGUACAGGCGGCUAAAACUCUGGGUUCGAUGCUGCAGGUGAGUCCUCACUUUCUGGAGCAAACUUUGGACAAGAAGCUGAUGUCCGAUCUCAGGAGGAAGUGUACGGCCCAUGAACGGGCCAAGGAGCUCUUUACUUCUGGAGAGUUCUCCUCUGGCAGGAAGUGGGCCGACGACGCCCCCAAAGAGAAACUGGACACGAACACCGUCAACCUGAUCGCCUCGGGGGCCUGCGGUGCCUUCGUUCACGGCCUGGAGGACGAGAUGUUUGAGGUCCGUAUUGCGGCGGUGGAGGCGUUGUGCCAGCUGGCUCGGUCGUCUGCCAGCUUCGCCGAAAAGUGUCUGGACUUCCUGGUCGACAUGUUCAACGACGAGAUCGAGGAAGUGAGGCUGCAGUCCAUCCACGUGCUGAGAGAAAUCUCUACCCAUAUAACGCUCAGAGAGGACCAGCUGGACACGGUGCUGGCUGUGUUGGAGGACUCGUCUCGAGACAUCAGAGAAGCUCUCCAUGAAUUAAUUUGUUACACCAACGUCUCCACUAAAGAGUGUAUCCAGCUGGCUCUGCUGGAGCUGCUGAAGAACCUCAACAAAUAUCCCACUGACCGCAACUCAGUCUGGAAGUGUCUAAAGUUCCUGGGUUCCCGUCAUCCAACACUGGUAUUGCCGCUGGUCCCUGAACUGCUCAGCACACACCCGUACUUCGACACACCAGAGCCUGACAUGGACGAUCCGGCCUACAUUGCGGUUCUGGUGUUGGUGUUCAACGCUGCCAAGUCGUGUCCCACCAUGCCGGCGCUGUUCUCCGACCACACCUUCAGACACUACGCCUACCUGAGGGACAGUCUGUCACACCUCGUGCCGCCACUGAGAUUGCCGGGCAACGGUCUGGACUUGGUGGACUCGCGUUGCGGUUCUGGUUCUGUAGAGUCGGCCCAGCUCUUCCUUCAGCAGAGUCUGAACAGGGUCAGCACCAUCCAGAACCUGGAAGCGCCUGGAGCCCAGGACCUGCUAAACUUCACCAUACGAGACCUGCGGCGGCUGGGCGAGCUGCAGACGGAGCUCGCCGGAGCCGCUGAUUUCUGUGCUACAUAUCUUCGUUGCCAGCUGCUGCUCAUGAAGGCUCUGCAGGAGAAGCUGUGGAACAUGGCUGUCCCUCUGUGCCUCAAACAAAACGUCACGGCCACAGCAGCGGCUCAACAGGUCAGCACACAAACCUACAAGCUGGAGUUUCUGUACAGCGGUUUGGAAAGCAGACAGGUAGCCACUAUACAUCAUGUUCGCUUGCAGGCCAAAGCUCUGCAGCUCAUCCUGACUGCUCGCACCAGGCAAGGGUUGGAUCCUCUCAUCAGCAGCUGCGAGAAGUUUUUGCAGGGCAUUGAGUCUUUUCAGAGGCUGUUUGCAGCAGAGCUGCCCCACCUGCAGGACAGUUUUGUGGAUAAGCUUUUGGAGCUGAUGCCCCGGCUGUCGUCCUGUAAACCGGCGGAGAUGGUGAAGAUCCUGCUGGCCACUCUGAGACUGAGCGGCCUGCUGCAGCUCAGACUGCCUGAGCAGAUCCAUCGGGCGACAGCCACCAUCAUCGAGCCGACCGGGGAGUCCGACAACCCGCUGCGGUUCACGACCGGCCUGGUGGUGGCGCUAGACAUCGACGCAACGCUGGAGCACGUUCAGGACCCGCAGAACUCUGUCAAAGUACAGGUUCUGUAUCCAGACGGCCAGAGUCAUGUCAUCCAUCCUAAACCUUCAGACUUCAGAAAGCCUGGACCUGACAGGCACAGACUCAUCACACAGGUUUACCUCUCACACACGGCAUGGACAGAGCCGUCUCAAAUCGAGGUGCGCCUCCUGCUGGCCUACAGCUCCUCCUCAACCUCCCUCUCCUCUCCUUCGGCAUCCAAGGUGGGAUGGAGCGAUAGCAUCGACAGCCUCCCGCCACCAGAGGCCGCCGUAGAGGGAACCAUUCCGUUCAGCAAGCCCGUCAAAGUCUACAUCAUGCCCAAACCUGCCCGCCGCUAACCGCUCAUCACAAAGGACACCCAAACAAGGCUGUUGUCUGUGCACGAUCCGUCCUGCCUGCACGAUCUGUUCUGCGCACGUGCAAUAUGUUCGCGCAUGCUCAGAUGAUGUCAUGAUGAUCGCGGAUUUACGACACUGCACGAUCUGUUCCUACAGACAGUUAAAGAAAGUCUGUUCGCCUCCACUGGAAAGCUAACGUUAGUUUAGCUAACAGCUAAUUUGGCUAACCACUAGCUGAGACAGCGUGUAAAAGACCCUCAAAAGUUAAAAUAACCGUUUAAAUAUAUAAGUGCUGUUACGUCAGUUCUACUUUACUUAUGUGUUUACUUAAAACACAAUCACUCAAUACUUCUUUAUUAUAACUGUAAAGUCUUAAUUUAGCUGUAGCUGCUUUUCCCACGGUUAAGUUUGAGUAACGAUAUUUUAGGCUGAAUCAAGCUGUCAGCUAGCCGAAAUAGCUGUUAGCUAAACUAGCGUCAGCUUCUCGGUGGAGGCUACAACUAAUUAAUAUAUUUAUAUUAUAUUUGAGGGUCUUUUACAUGGUGACUCAGCUAACGGUUAGCCGAAUUAGCUGUAAACUAACGUCGUUAGCUUUCCGGUGGAGGCUAACAGCUAAACCCCUACUGUGGAACAGAUCGUGCAGUGCCGUAAGUUCCUGGUAAAUCCUCGUACGUUAUGAUUAUCAUCUGCACACGCGCAGGACGGAUCGUGCAGGCAGGACGGAUCGUGUAGCGACAGCUGUUACUCUUCACAGCUUUCAGAUGCGAGACCCUCUAAGCUGUGCAGAAAAGAUGACAUUGCUUUCUUUUCUCUUCAGAAACACAUUCAGUUUUAGAUUUUGGACAAAAAUAAUAAUUCAUGGUUAAGUGGGAGGAUGCACAAGAGUAUUUUCCACUCAUGGUGUCAUUUCGUAUGGGGAAUAUUUUUGUACUUUACAAUUGUUUCUGAAAGAUAAACCCAUGUGAAGGAGAUGAUU